UUUAUUUUAUUACUUGUGAAUUAUUAUAGAAAAUAAAGAAAUAUUUUACAAAUAAUUUAUGAGAAUUGUAUUACGGAGAAAUAAUAAGAUGAAAUAUUUUUCAAGUUAUCGACCGCUUGAAGCGAGUGAAAGUCAAUGAAGAAUACUUAUUGCGUCUCCAGGCUCUCUGAUUGGUGCGUUGCAUUUAGUGGGGGAAAAGGUUAGGUUGCAAGGUAUAAAUAGGGCGACACCAAGCAUUCGAAGUCAUUCCAACGACUGCUAAGGUUCUGUAAGGAUCUGUUCUGAUCUAUUUGCUUUUAUAAAAUUUCGCAAUGACUGGUCGAGGAAAGGGAGGAAAAGGAUUGGGAAAGGGAGGUGCCAAGCGUCACAGGAAAGUUCUUCGUGAUAAUAUCCAAGGUAUCACCAAACCUGCAAUUCGUCGUUUAGCUCGGCGAGGUGGUGUGAAACGUAUUUCUGGAUUAAUUUACGAAGAAACUCGUGGCGUAUUGAAAGUAUUUCUGGAAAACGUUAUUCGUGAUGCAGUCACGUACACUGAACACGCUAAGAGAAAGACUGUGACAGCCAUGGACGUCGUCUACGCUCUGAAACGUCAAGGCCGCACUCUCUAUGGGUUUGGUGGUUAAAAACAUUCGUAGAUGCUGCAGGUCUUUCAGUUAUUUUUUGAUAAUAAAAACGGCCCUUCUCAG